AUGGGCAAUAGCACAUCCUCUAGUCGUGGACACCACGAAGACACGGUCGACUUUGGCUAUCUAAACCCUCAAGGCGUCUACACCGGUCCCAAAGACUGGAAUCAGGCCAUAGUCGCUCAACUCAUCGGCGAGCGCAAACUCGCUCCCUUCUACCGCCCCCUCGAGGACUAUGAUGAAUCGUGGGACGACGAGCAGAUUCUUGCUGCUAGGAGAGAGCCGCCGGAUUCGGAAGGAGCCUCAGCAGAAUCGUCGAGCUUAUUGCGCGCGGAGUCACUCAGUUCCAACGCCUCAAGGACUCACCAUAAGCGCGCUAGCAAUGUAAGGGACCCUGUCCGACACCCUGAGGCUGCGAUGUACCGGGGUGCUGUAGAGUGCCCGAUAUGUUUCUUGUACUACCCUCCAAAUAUCAAUCACUCGCGCUGCUGUGACCAAACGAUCUGUACGGAAUGCUUUGUGCAGAUGAAGCGUGCGGAUCCCACUACUACUCAUCUGGUCUCAGAGCCUGCGUCCUGUCCAUAUUGCGUUCAGGACAAUUUUGGCAUCGUCUACACUCCACCUCCCUGGCGCACUGGUCUGGGUAGCGAGGGCGCUACGCCGCCUUCGUGGCCAGAGUCUCCCAGAGGGACGUCGCAACAAACGUUAGAAACAGCAGCUUCAGCUGCGACUGCGUCCAUGAAACGCCGUCGUAAAAGCCUUGGACAUGACAGCCCAGAAGUAGUGACCAUAGACAUGAUUCGUCCAGAUUGGGAGGCGAAACUGACAGCCGUACGCGCUGCAGUUGCCCGGCGUGCGAACAGACGCAUCAUCAUGCGGCAAGUUGGCGAUCGGCUCAUCCCGGUCGGCGUUACUAGCGGUCGUAUUCAUGCACUCCCGACUGAAGAUGGUCAGGCUGAGGGGGAAAGCAGCAAUGAGCGGGGAAGCAGGAGAUCAAGAAGGCGACCACAGAACCAAGAUAUCAAUCAGCUUCUGGGCUCAAUGGGUUUGGGCGGGCAAGAUUUGGAAGAGCUCAUGGUCAUGGAGGCAAUGCGGCUCUCACUCAUUGAUCAUGAAGAGCAACAGAAGCGCGAGCGGGAGGAAGCAGCCAAGAAAGAGAAAGAGGGCUCGAACGGAGCCGCACAAGAUGCCCAGCAGGGUGAGGGUACUUCAAUAUCUCCGCAGACAGAUACUCCCUCCAGUGGACCAGCAACCGUGGCGGACUGCACGUCCGAGGUGCCCUCACCCGCUGCUGUUCUCUCUCCCGCACUCACCUCGUCUGAGGAGUCAACGUCAUCCCAUUGCGGUUCCACGGCCGCCACCAGCGAGACAGGGUUGGGCGUGUGUGCCGGGACAUCCGCUAAUGGUUGCGCCCGUGUGUCUUCAUAUACCUCCCUGCCUCCGACUGUGACUGCCAACACGGACCAAUCGUCGGCAGGACAUUCUGGACCAUCGAGUCCCUCGUACAGCACCCUCAGCACCGCCAUGCUCAGCGCGACCUCUACUGCGAAUGCAAUCCCAUCCCCCGCGGAUACUGAAAGCGCCGCACAUGAAAGCAUGUCGAAUCGUCCUACAUCACGACCGCGGACACCCGUUAUGCCACCUGGUGUCAGUACAACCGACGACGCAUACGAGAGCGAGCCUUUUACGGCGAAACGGAUACCACUUACACAUGCGGAUUCUAUUGCGUCUUCCAUUGACCCAUCCUCGGAACAAGCCAGUUACGACAUCCUAUCAUCGUCACCCGAGUCCUCGGCCUCCCAUAAACCGUUACUCGGAUCCACAGACUCCACCUCUCCGCCUUUUGUCACCAUCGGCGCCGACUCAAGCACUGCUGAAUAA